UGGAUUACUUGAUUGAAUACACUUUGUGUAAUAAGUAAUCUUCUUCCAACAUGACAAACGUUAUAACUCAGAUAGAAAACCUCUUCAAGAAUAUAAACGGCACAAAUAAGACAGACAUUGAAGAGAUUCUAAAGCAAAACAAUACUCUUGAUGACCCAGUGCAAUUUGACAUCAACAGAGCCAUUGUACUUAUACCCAGCUUUGGAAUACUUGCUAUUAUUACAAUAUUUGCAAAUGUAUUUGUGUGUUAUGUCAUUGCUAAAAAUAGACACAUGCAUACCGUCACAAACCUGUUUAUAGCAAAUAUGGCUAUUUCCGAUCUUCUGUUAGCUUUCAUAAACGUGCCAUUAAAUAUUGCAAGAAAUCUAAUGAACGAGUGGACGCUUGGGUCAUUUUUGUGUCAUCUUUUCAACUAUUCUUUAAAAGUAUCGGUAUAUGUAUCGACUUUUACCUUAACAGCAAUUGCUCUAGACAGACAGCGGGUAUUAUUGUAUCCCUUACAUCCAAGAAUGACAAGAAAACGAGGAAUGUUUGUUUUGGCAUUUAUUUGGUUGUUAUCUAUCUGUUUUUCACUACCCUUUGGAAUUUAUACUAAUGUAAAAGAGAUCAAUAUGAUAACAUACAAAGUAAAGCGAUGUUGGUCAUCUUACCCUAGUAAUAAAUGGGAACAAUAUUUAACAAUUGCCACUAUAUUGUUUCAAUAUUUUAUUCCACUUGUGGUAAUAACAUGUACAUAUGGACGAAUUGUACAUAAACUCUGGAUAAGAACCCAUCUAGGAGUUGUUACUGAAAAUCAACGAUUAAUGCAAAUCCAGGCUAAGAGGAAAAGCAUCAAACUUCUAGUCGCGGUAGUUGCCGUAUUCGCAAUAAGCUGGAUGCCAUUAAAUUUGUAUUAUAUUCUAGCUGACCACCAUCCAAAUACCAAAGUAUUUCAUCCUGAUACUAACACAUUCUUUGUUUGUCACUGGAUUGCGAUAAGCAGCUCGUGCAUAAAUCCGUUUUUGUAUUGUUGGAUGAACCCAGCUUUCAGCACAGUCAUUGCAAAACGUCUUCGAUGUUUGAAAUCAUUUACUGGCGGCACUGAAAUAGAAAUUGAUGAAAUUGAUUCCACGGGAUUUAGAUUGCGAAGCAAUCGUCGGUUUGGAAAUUCAAGUAGAACGAUUUCUUCAUUUUCAGCCUCGGAUUCAAGAAGGUCAAGCUCAAAGACGUUUCGGGGAUUUGCUUAUAUGGUUUAACUUUGCAUUGCAAGAGAAUUGACAAGUAUGUGUUAAUGUACUUGAUAGAAAGACUGAAUAUUUAACCCUCGUUAAAAUAAUACGAGUAUGGUCUUUAAAACUUUAUAUUUCAAACCUGCUUCAGUGUCUGAAUUAUUACAGUUUAAUUGAGAUUUUAUGAACUUUUCGAUCCAAACUUCUUCAUAAUUUACAUCCGACUAAUUCUAUUUAAGAUGCACUGCUAGUCAUUAUUGCAUAAAACAAUUCUAAACCAUUUCAUUAAAUAUUUAAAUACUACAGAUAACAAGAUCCGAUGGAAGCUUCUGUCGGAAAUGAAACUUCCGAUAAUUUACUAUGAAUAUUGGGACCGUUUGUAUCUGUAAAUUAUCGCAAACGGACAAAAAUGGAAAGAUUGUGCAACGUUCUAAUAUACAUUAUUCUAUCCAUUAUUCUGUGAGUGUACUUUGAAAUUUAUAAUGGUAAGCUGAAUUACAUGAUAGGAAAUUUAUUUUCCAAUCUAUUUUUUUUUAGUUCAGCGUUUCGCCAAGCGAUUUUUAGACUGACCUUAAUGUACUUAAUAAUUAAGAUUUUGUAUAUAUGGCUUGAGACUUUUGCCUACAAAGGCCAAUAAAGGACCCAAACCAGUAUAAUUAUGAGGACUUUAAAAAACAUUCCAUUCAUAGUUUUUGUCCUCUCCCAUGUGGUAAUUUAAUUUAUAAAGAUUAAAUAUUAAUGUAUUGAUUGUGGUUUGCUUAACGUCAAGUAAAUAAAUAUUUCAUGCAUAUUCAGGACGAGAACAAAGUUAGCAAUAGAACCAAGUAGGUAGGUUCUUUCAAUGAAAAUAACCCUUUGAAUAGCGAGUCGAACGAAAAAGGAGACAUAUUAUUGGAUGAGAGCAGUAAUCUCUCGCAACUAAAAUAAUUAUACAAUGAAUUAAUGCACGAAACUAUGAAGUAAAGGUUUUGGACUAUCAAUACUAGCUUUUAUAUUUAAUAAAGGAUGCACCAUUUUAUAAUAUACAUGCACAGU